AUGCUCACAUGUCCCAUUCGGGUCGAGUGUCCUCUCGUCGUCCGGCUUCCUUCGAUCGCUAUCCAACGGUUCUUGGGUGUGUGCUUGUUCUGCCUGCCUUCCCCGUCCUUUCGGAAACGGCCGUCCUUGAUCCGACGUGACGGGACGGGGAGCAAGCCGUGCGAGGCUUGUCUGGGCCGGGCGACCCGAAGGGGUCGGACUUCUUUUGGGGGUGCAUCGACUUGUUGGGUCGAGCUUGGUAAGCGGGUUCGAAGCCUUUGGUCGACGAUGGCAGGAGGGCUACUCGGGAUCCCUUCUACGGUUUGA